GCUGGAAAUUUGAAAAUCCGUCGAAAACGUCAAGUGUCUUCCGGUUUUAAGGACUACAAACAGCUGAACUGCUCUUUGUAGAAAACUACAAUUCCCAGCAGCAAGCGCGAAUGAGUGACGUCGGCACGGCCGGGAGCGUCAGUGCGCGUUCUCUGGCUGCUGAUGCUGAUGCUCAGAGGACACGGAGUGAUUCGAGCAUCACCGGGAACCGACUGAAUUAUCGUGCCAAAUCUUCGGGCUUCGGUAGGAUGCGUCAAGACGGAUCCAUGCAGAUGGCUGCGACACAGAAAGAAGGAUCUGACCAGAACUUCGAUUACAUGUUUAAAGUGCUGAUCAUCGGCAACAGCAGUGUAGGAAAGACGUCGUUUCUCUUCCGGUACGCUGACGACUCCUUCACGUCAGCGUUUGUGAGCACGGUGGGCAUCGAUUUCAAAGUCAAAACCGUCUACAAGAACGACAAGAGAAUCAAACUGCAGAUAUGGGACACUGCCGGACAGGAGAGAUACCGCACCAUCACCACGGCAUACUAUCGUGGAGCCAUGGGCUUCAUCCUCAUGUAUGACAUCACUAACGAGGAGUCGUUUGGAGCGGUGCAGGACUGGUCAACCCAGAUAAAGACGUACUCCUGGGACAAUGCGCAGGUCAUCCUGGCAGGAAAUAAGUGUGACAUGGAAGAGGAGAGAGUCGUGUCUACAGAUAACGGCAGACUGCUGGCAGAGCAGUUGGGUUUUGAGUUUUUCGAGACGAGUGCCAAGGACAACAUCAACGUGAAGCAGACCUUUGAGCGUCUGGUGGACAUAAUCUGUGACAAGAUGUCGGAGAGUUUAGAGACUGACCCCGCCGUGACCACGGGGACCCAGGGAACGGCCCGGUUAACAGAUAACCCUCCUCCACUACAGCAGCCUAACUGUGCCUGUUAGUGCUCAGUUACAUGGUAGCAUACGUGUGUGUGUGUGUGUGUGUGAGACACCUUUAGAUAGAUGCAUAUAUCCUUUAAUGUCAUAGAAUACAAGUGCUGGAACAACUUGAAUCUGAUCAGUGCAUGUCAAGAGUCAUGUGAUACUUUACACCCAAUGGGAACGGAGCUGUCAUAUGUAUGCUGUCUUGAUCAACGGUGAGCAGUUCAGUGUUUUAAAAAGCAGUAUGGAUAAAAAUAGCUUGAAAAAUAUUCAUAUGUUCCAUUUCUUUGGUUAUCAGCUUGUGGUGUAUUUGGCCUGUGAGUCUGUCGCACCAGUAGGUGGCGUUCAAGCAGGACACAUUCUUGUAUUCCAAAACAUAUAGCCACAAAGUCUUGAGACACUUUUUAAAAUUAGAAGAUGCAGCGCCCAAAGACGUCUGUCUGAUGCAUGUGAAAACAGACCAAAUGAACCCCGAAUGCAAGAAUGUUGUGUUGUGUACGAAUGCUACUUUUAUCUGUUUUGUUCCAGCACCUUUGCACUGGAGUCACGUCUGUCUAUACGGUGCUUAAUUCAUUCUGACACACUGUUUUCUUUACUGUCAGUCAGAGUCCUAACAGCCUUUACAGCACUGUUAUUUAGUUCGUCAAGACUUCGUCCACAUGCAUGCGGCGGCUGUUUAUGAACUGAUGACUUUGAGUACGAUCGAACUGUUCUUUCUCUAAGCUCCGCCCCCUUAGUUACGAAAAAUGUCAUUUUGAAGUUAUGAAUAAACAUAAUUACAUAGUUACGGAUAAAGACGUUAUUAAUUAGUUUAGAAUACAAAGGCGAUUUUUGUGCACUCUGUGAUUUAGAGCACAAUCAAACUGACCUUUUGCUAAGCACCACUUAUGGUGGCAAAUAAACUUAAUUAUGUCAUUAUGACUAAAAAUGUAGUUAAGAGAUAGUUUAGAAGUAACCACCACUCCAUUAAUUACAAAUAAAUGAAAUUUCAUAGUUACGAAUAAACGUAAUUACAUAGUUACAUAUAAAAACGGUUACUAAUUAGUUUAGAAUUAACUGGAGACUUUUUUGAACACUUGACUUUGAGUACGAUCAAACUGACCUUUUGCUAAGCUCCGCCCCCUUAGUUACGUUUAAAUGUUAUUACAAAAUUAUGAAUAAAAACUUAAACAAGGGAUUUUUGUGAACUGAUUUUUUUCUUCUCUCUUUCAAGUAGUCUUGGAUGAUUCUAAACUGACGCAUUUUAAAUAAAAAAAAAAAUAAUUAAAUUCAAACAUUUAAAAUAAUCACAUCAUCACACAGGACGUCCUGUCUGGCAACAGUUGCUAAGGUAGGAUUGGUCAGAAGCUUUUUUAGGGUGGGGCUUAGUGAAGGGUCAGGUACUUAAAGGAAAGGAUCUUAACGGCGAUCCUACAAAGUCACAUUAAUACACACAAACACACUCUUUUCAGCGAUUUUGUAGAUCAGGAAUUCAUGGCAUAUUAAUCAAACUGAAAUUUCCCAUCAGUGAUAUCAGCUGCAUGACUCAAGUGUGUGCAUCUGUGUACCGUAGAUUAUUAAAGAUUACAUCAUCUAUAAGAAUACAUGAUCUAUCUAGUGUAUAUAGGUUUGUAUAUACUUCAGUCAGAUGAAUAUAAUGUUGUAGAUUUAAGUAGCUGUUCAAUACAGGGAGGAAAAUGUGCAUUAAAUGUUUCUACACAUUUAGUUUGAUCAUUGUAAAUGAAUUCACGCUGAUGAAGUGAAAUAUUUAUUUAUCUAUUUAUUCAAAGCAAACAGACUUUACAGUGAGAAAAAGAAAAGAAAAGUAAAUGUGCUUCAUGAGCUGCGUGUGUCUGAUAAUGAAACGUUCUUCUAGGUGAAGUGGAGUUUGUAUUUUUCCCCGAGCCCUUUUUUCUCCAUUUCAUUCAACAGUCGUCGGUUGUUUUUCUCUGCUGGCUAAAAAGCUACUUUGUGGAGGAUGUGAUCUGCUGUCCCUGCUCUUAUCUUGUUUUAUGCUCAUGGCCGGAGAGGAUUCAGUGAUUUUAGAUGUUAUAAGGAAACCGCUUCACUGUCGGGUCGAAGCUUGCUGAAGCUUGUCUUGUAAAAUGAUGCAGUAAUAGCCAAGGAAAUGUGCCGGGCAGCUAUUUUCAGGAGAAAUGAGUCGCUCAUCUAUAUUUCAUCCGACAAACCUUAAAUGACUUUGGCCAUGAAUAGAAUUUUCUUCUCAUUUUUGAGUCAGAAAUAUAACACACCUACUGUAUCGCCAAGGAAGAGCAGUUCUAGGGCAAACGUCUUGAAAGAUGAGAAUAUUCAGAUUAUAUUUCACCUCAAUAUGAAACAGAAAGAAAGAAAGAAACACAUUUUCCCCAUAAAUUCUUAUUAGCUUAAGAUUUUUUU